AUGGGCAAUCUGGAAACAGAAUUUUAUCAAUCACUGUUGACAAACUCUUCAGUCAAAAACUCUCAAGACAGCAACCAUGCAUCUCAGAGUGCUGAUAUUUCACAGUCUUUGCCCAAGAGUCAAUCUGUCAGUCAAUCAUGGUUCAGUGACUCUGACCAGAUUGCUGUUGUAUCUCAUGAGCCAGAUAAUAACUGCUUCAGUGAAGAAUUGAAUGUGGAAAUGCUGGAGUUACCAUCAGCUGCCAACUCAUCAGGGAAAUAUGACCAGGCACACACUUUGUCAAAUCUCAGUGUUUCAUUCAAUAUACCACAUACAGAAAUUGGAUUCUGUCACCAAGCUGCAAACCCA